CUAUACUUUCCAAUAGCAGCAGAAAAUGAACAAGUACAGGGGACCAGUAACAUUUAAGGAUAUUACUGUGGAAUUCACCCGGGAGGAAUGGAAGUUGCUGGACACUGCUCAGAGGACCCUAUAUAGAGAAGUAAUGCAGGAGAACUACAGUCACCUCAUCUCAGUGGGCUAUUGUGCAAAUAGACCAAAUGCAAUCUUCAAGUUGAAGCAAGGAAAAGAACCAUGGAUAUUAGAAGUACAAUUUCCACGUCAGAACAACCCUGAAGACCUAUGCAAUACUCAUGACCAAGGAGCAAGAUGCCCAGAAAGCCAAGCUGAAAAUUCAAGGAAUGGAGAACUCAAGAAACAUCAGAAAACUCAUACCAAUGAGAAAACCUAUAAAUGUAAUGAAUGUGGAAAGUCCUUCUACCAGAAGUCUAUCCUCAUAAUACAUGAGCAUACUCAUUCAAAGGACAAACCCAGCGAAUGUGAGAAAUCCGACUCUCAGAAUGGAGACCUCACAAGACAACCAAAAACUCCUACCAGAGAGAAGACCUAUGAAUGUAAAGAAUGUAAGAAAACUUUCUACCAUCUGUCAUCUCUCAGUAGACAUUUGAGAACUCAUGCAGGAGAGAAACCCUACGAAUGUAAUCAGUGUGAGAAAUCCUUCUACCAGAAGCCACACCUCAUGGAACAUCAGAAAACACACACAGGAGAAAAACCCUUUGAAUGUACUGAAUGUGGGAAGUUCUUCUAUGUUAAGGCAUACCUCAUGGUACAUCAGAAAACACACACAGGGGAGAAACCAUAUGAAUGUAAGGAAUGUAGGAAGUCCUUUUCCCAGAAAUCACACCUCACAGUACAUCAGAGAACACACACAGGGGAGAAACCCUAUAAAUGUAAGGAAUGUGGGAAAUUCUUCUCUAGAAAUUCACACCUCAAAACUCAUCAGCGAACUCACACGGGAGAGAAACCUUAUGAAUGUAAGGAAUGUGGUAAAUGCUUCUACCAGAAGUCAGCUUUAACAGUACAUCAGCGAACUCAUACAGGGGAGAAACCCUUUGAAUGUAAUAAAUGUGGAAAAACCUUUUACUAUAAAUCAGACCUCACUAAACAUCAGAGAAAACACACAGGGGAGAAGCCCUAUGAAUGUAAUGAAUGUGGUAAAUCUUUCUCUGUGAAUUCAGUCCUCAGAUUACAUCAAAGGACUCACACAGGAGAGAAACCCUAUGAAUGCAAGGAAUGUGGGAAAUCUUUCUCUCAGAAGUCACAUUUUGUUAUACAUCAGAGAAAACACACAGGAGAGAAACCCUAUGAAUGUAAGGAGUGUAAGGAAACAUUUUUUCAAAAAUCAAAACUCACUGCACAUCAGAAGACACACACAGAAGGGAAAAGCUUAUAAACAAUAUCAAUUGGAGGAGAAUUCUGUCUGAAUUUGUCCUUCAGAAUAAU